AUGGCAUCUGUUGCUUUGACUUCUCUCAGUGCAACUAUGAAGUUGGAGUUUCUGCAACCCAACAAUCCAAGGGUUUCUCUUGAUGAUGAAGCAUCCAUAUCAAUCAAUUCUUUGUUUGAAAAGAUUUCAUCUUUGCAAGCUUCUGUGCAAGAGAAAUCUGGGGGUGGCCCUGCAACCAGAGAUUUGGAGAUAAGCAAAGAAGCAGUGAAGAACGAAAGUGAAGGCAGAAUGGUGGGUCGUCGCCGUGAUCAUAUGCAGAUAGUGGAUAAACUUGUCGAGGAUGAUGACUGGGCAUUUGAGUUCAAAGUAAUCACAAUUCUUGAUAUGACCGGUAUAGGAAAAACAACUUUAGCUACGAGUGUCUAUAAUGAUCCAAUCCUUACAUCCUACUUUGAUGUACGAGGUUGGGUUACUAUGUCUGGAGAGUACAACAAAAGCCAAAUGCUACACGACCUUCUUUGGACACUAACAAAGGAGGCAAACAUUCCUGAUGAUGAUGAUGUAGCAACUAGGCAGGUAUACAACUUCUUGAGAGGUAAGAGGUUUCUAAUUGUUUUGGAUAACUUAUGCAACACUCAAGCUUGGUAUGAUAUAAGAGGAUGUCUUCCUGAUGAAGAUGAUAAUGGAAGUCGUGUAGUGCAAACCACUACGCAUUUAAGGGAGGAUUACUUUUAUAGCAAUAGGAAUUUCGGUGAGGAAUAUUGCCCCCCAAGUUUCUAUGUCCAUCACAUGUCUUUGCUAAAUCCAGAAGAAAGUUGGGAUUUAUUUUGCAAUAACUCUAUUUUGGAACAACAUAUGGCAUCUAAAUUUAUAAAAAUUAGGAGCCAAGUUGUAGAGAUAUGUGAAGGAUUGCCACACUCAAUUCUUGUAGUUGCAAAACGUCUAUCUAAGUGUGACAACAUACAACAAGAAUGGAAGAAGGUUGAAAAGGAAAUAGAGUUGAUUGGAGUUCUAGAUAGCAGAGCACUCACCCUCACUUACCAUCAAUUGCCACAACAUUUGAAGCAUUUCUGUGCUUUCUUAAUGUCAGUCUGA